GGACGCUCUCAUAUACUUGCAUUUUCUUUUUUUCAAGUUGGUGCAGCUAGGAUGGACGUGAAAGUUUAUACUGUCAAUGGCGCAGUAGCGGGCUCAUCAUCGUCUAUUCCAGAUUGGCUUAUCAAAAAACGAGCAGCGAAAGGAAAAGGAAAAGGAAAGCGAGUCUCAAAAGAAUAUGUCCAAGGUGCUAUCGAGCUCAUCCAAGGAUUCGAAUUCCCUGAGGCCAGCAACAAAAUCAAAACAACAAGAGAUGGUCAUCAUGCCAUAGCUACUGGCACCUACAAACCUCAGACAAGGGUCUGGGAUCUAGACGAGCUCAAUCUAAAAUUCGAGAGACAUUCAGAUGCAGAGAACGUCGAUUUCAUAAUUUUAUCGGAUGAUUGGACAAAAAUCAUGCACUUGCAGAAUGAUCGUACUAUCGAGCUGCACACUCAGGGAGGAUUUCAUUAUAGGACUCGCAUACCGCGCUUCGGUCGGUCACUGGCAUAUCACUUUCCAUCAUGCACCGCGCUCUUCUCAGCUUCAGGAAACGAGAUAUAUCGACUCAACCUCGAACAGGGGCGUUUUCUCAGUCCCCUAGUUCUUCAAGACGACGACAUUCAAGGCGUAAACUGUAUUGACAUCAACCCCGUGCAUAACCUCCUUGCAUUCGGCAUCGAUGGGAACGGGACAGUUCAAUUCUGGGACCUUCGCUCCAGAUCAUCCGUCGGUGUGCUUCGAGCACCGAACAAUCGAUUACUACGUCCAACAACACGGAGUACCAUGCCAGGCGUCGAUGACAUCGACACACUCAGUAUAGGCAUCACAGCUCUCGCUUCUCGAUCAGACGGUCUAUCAUACGCUGUAGGAACAUCCACAGGACACACCCUCCUGUACGAUAUCCGAUCCAACCGGCACUUCGCACUAAAAGACCAAGGCUACGGCCUCCCAAUACGCAAUCUAACAUGGAUAGAAGGCGGUCGACUCGCAGGGGACGGUAUGGUAAUGAGCGCAGAUAAAAAAGUCGUCAAAAUAUGGGAUCGUAAUUCCGUGAGCCCGUCUUACUUACUCGAUAGCACUAAUGCUGAUGACGACACUAACACCGACGCACAACAGCCGUCAUCCAACUUCGUAUCCAUAACACCCGCAAACGACCUCAAUCACAUCCACCACGUCCCAGGCAGUGGCCUCUUCCUAACUGCAAACGAAGGGAUUCAAAUGGGCACAUAUUAUGUCCCUGCGCUUGGUCCUGCACCACGCUGGGCUGGUUUUCUGGAAAAUGUCACGGAAGAGAUGGAAGAUUCUACGACCAGGACCGCGUAUGAGGAUUUCAAGUUUGUAGAGAGGAGUGAGCUGAAGACACUUGGCCUCGACCACCUAAUAGGAACCCCCGCUCUCAAACCCUACAUGCACGGCUACUUCCUGUCCCUCCACCUCUACGACACCGCACGCGUUAUUGCUAACCCUUUCGCAUAUGCUGAGCAUCGUGAGAAACUCGUCAAGGAGCGGAUGGAGAAGAUGGCGGAAACGAGGAUACGUACGAAGAAGGGUACUGGUGCUGGGGCUGGAAAUGAGGAAGUCAAGGUUAAUAAAGCGUUGGCGGAGAGGAUUGAGAAGGGGCUUGAGAAGGAGAGGAAGAAGGAGGAGAGGAAGAAGAGAAGGGGUGCGAAGGGUGGGGAGGAUGAAGAGGCUAUGGAUGUUGAUGUUGGUGCCGAUGAUGAUGAGGCAGAACAAACUCCAACCGAACUCGAAAAACCAACCCUCCUCAACGACCCCCGUUUCAAAGACUUGUUCCUGAACCCCGAAUUCGCAGUGGACGAAACGACAAGAGAGUAUGCGCUUUUGCAUCCUUCAGCUUCGGGUUCUAAGCAGAAGCCAAGAGGGAAGACUGCUGUUGAGGAGGAGGAAGAGGAGAGCGAGAGGGCUUCGUCUGCUGGGAUCAGUGAGGAUGAGAGUGAGAGCGAGGGCGGUGAUAGUGAUGAUAGUAGUGAUGCUGGUGAACUCAACAAAUUUGACCCGCGUGUGCGUCCAGGCCAAAAGAAUGAACGCGCACACCAAGCAUAUGCGCGGACGCGCCAACACAACAGACAAUCCAAUGCCAACAUCAACUUCGUCCCUCUCGUUCCACACACUGAAACUAGUACGAGCGUUAGGAAGACAGAUAAUAAGACUGCUACGUUUGGACAGCGGAGGAAUGCACCUACACGUGGUUCCUCUCACACUACGACACCCCACGCCGCAGCGAAGGGAGAUAAAGGAGGGUUUGAAAUGAGCUGGGUCCCUUCUUCCACAAAAGACACCUCAAGAGACAGGGGGAGCAGAAAAGACAGAAGUACGAGGAAGGGCGUGGAGGUGUUUGGAGCUGGUAUGGAGCGUGGGGGUGGGGAUGGGGAUGGGACGGCUGUGUUGAGUGAGAAUGAACGGACGGGGAGGAAGCAGCGAAGAAAGGGAAUGAGGAGUGGGAGCAAGAAUGUAUUCAGGCAGUUAGGGUAGCAGUCUGACAUUUGGUUUUUGACUCGAGGUGUUACCUACACGCCAGAAAUCGCACACCCUCACGUCACACUCAUCU